GGAGUUUCUUCCUGUAAGCUCCGUGAGCACAUCCGCGUUUAGCAGCAGCAGCGUGUGACCUGAAAUGUUUGUAAAAUUGUCCUUACAUGUAAGCUAACUCACUAAAUCACGCCGCAAAAAGCCAGCGUGUGUUUUCCGCUUAACGCGGAGACAGCAGAGGUCGAGCUAUGAACGCUGUUCUCCGGAAGGUGCAGGUGACGGCUGCACAACAGGCGUUUGUGUUGAAUCAAGCACUUACAUUAUGCCGGGCCACGACGUCCAUCCAGCAUCCUGUUUGGGCUUCUUUACAGGAGAGACAAUACAAAUCCAUGCCAACCCAUGGGAUUGGGAGGUGGAGACAUCUUAUAGCUAAAGAACCGUUAAAGAAAAAGAAAGACAAACACCAGAUGAAGACGAUCCUACCGCAGACAGAUACGGCGUUCGGCACUCUGAACGUGACAGUUUCGGGUUAUGACAUGACGCUGGUGGAGCAUUACGCAAAGUUCGUCCACAACCUCUGCAAUCGGCUCGGCAUCGAAGUGGCAGAAAGCUACGCUUUACCAACCAAGAGCACCGAGGUCAUGCUGAUGCAGGAGCAGGGCACCAAGAUGUACGUGGACGCCGUCCUGAAGACGCACGAGCGAGUCGUCCAGUUGAGCUUUCUAGACACCACAGUGUGUCCCGUUUUCAUGGACGUCGUUCUGAAGAAUCAGCCGGAGGGAGUCCAGCUCUCUGUGAUGGAGCACACCGAGGCCGAUUACCUGGCUCGGUUCAAGAGUCGUCCAGAGCUGGAGGGGCUUCUCAGUAAGAUGAAACAAUAGGACGUUCCCAAGUUUGACCUCCCGAGCUUCAAAAACUGUAUGUGGCACAUUACACCUCGAUUAUGUGUUUGUUUUUGUAUAUUUAUUCCCUGAUACACCCUAACUGAAUCAUGUAAAAAGGGUCAUUUGCAUUCAAAAAACUGUUCACAACUCAUAUUUGAUUUCUUUUGUUAACCUCUUAAAAAAUAAAGCCGGCAUAUUUUUUCCA